AACCAACGCUGCUUCGAAAUCCCUUUUCAUUUUGAUUUUGAUUCCAGUUCUUUUAGAAAUCAAAACAAAACAAAGCAUCCUUACCUACUAUACAAUGCAUACAGCUCGUCAAAUCUAAUCUCUCUACAGAGACCCUUCUUCACCUCACCUAAUCCAUUAUCAUCAUCAUCAUCAUCGAAUUCUCCAUCUCUUCCUUCAAUGAAAGAUCAUUAUUCUUCCAUGGACGAAGACCCAUCAUCAAAAAACGACGCUUUGACCACCACUCUAAAGAAUUCAAUCCAAGCACUUGGUAGAGGCUUCGAUGUCACCUCCGACAUCAGACUUUUGUACUGCAAAGGCGCACCUGGGUCACGUUUGAUUUACUUGGAUGAUCAAAAUACCAAGGAACUUGUUUUCUCAGAUGAUGGUUUUGUCGCAAUUCCUAAUGUUCCUGUAGAUGUUGAAUUUUCUAAAGGCGAAAGGACCACCGAAGCCACACCUGUUUGCAGCUUCUAUGAGAUGGCAAAAUACUUCAAUAUGAAAUCGAAUCUUGGUGGGGAUGUUCCUCUUGGAAGCUUUAAUGCCAUGUUCAAUUUUACUGGAUCAUGGCAACUUGAUGCAGCAUCAACAAAAUCCCUUGCUAUGAUUGGAUACAUUGUUCCUUUAUUUGAAGUCCGUUUAGAAAUUACUGAUUUAGUUUUGCUUCAAGAAGUCAAACGUGCUGUUCCAUAUUCAUGGGAUCCUGCAUCUUUAGCAAGCUUUAUUGAAAAUUAUGGCACACAUAUUGUGACCUCUGCAACGGUUGGGGGGAGAGAUGUAGUUUAUAUAAAGCAACAUCAAUCAUCUCCUUUGUCAUUAUCAGAUAUUGAUAAUUAUGUGAAAGACAUUGGAGACCACAGAUUCUUUGAUUUAAAAGCCCAAUCCAGUUCUGGUCCCUUAAAGUACAAGGACAAGGACGUAACGGCAAUUUUUAGAAGAAGAGGAGGUGAUGAUCUUGAACAAAGCCAUGCAAAAUGGGCAGAGACUGUAGAAACAGCACCAGAUGUUAUAAAUAUGACUUUUACUCCCAUUGUUUCUUUGCUUCAUGGAGUACCUGGAAUUAAGCAUUUGACACGUGCCAUUGACUUAUACUUGGAAUACAAGCCACCUAUAGAGGAUUUACAAUACUUUUUAGAGUUCCAAAUUCCUCGUGUGUGGGCCCCUGAACAGAGUAACAUUCAAAGAAAGGAGCCAGUUUGUCCCUCACUUCAGUUUAGUUUAAUGGGACCAAAGCUUUACAUUAGUCUCGAGCAGGUAACCAUUGGACGCAAACCCGUAACCGGACUACGACUAAGUUUAGAAGGAAACAAACAAAACCGAUUAGCAAUCCACAUACAACACUUAGUCUCCCUCCCAAAAAUCCUCCAACCACAUUGGGACACACACAUGGCUAUCGGUGCACCCAAAUGGCAAGGACCCGAAGAGCAAGAUAGCCGCUGGUUCGAGCCCAUCAAGUGGAAAAACUUCUCUCACGUAAGCACCGCACCCAUCGAACACACCGAGACCUACAUCGGGGAUCUUUCUGGGGUCCACAUAGUCACCGGGGCCCAAUUUGGCGUAUGGGAUUUCGGUGCUAGAAGUGUUUUGCAUCUUAAACUUCUUUUUUCUAAAGUACCCGGCUGCACCAUUAGGCGAUCCGUGUGGGACCAUAGCCCGGCUAACCUUCAAAGACUUGGAGAGGAUAAGGGAGACAGUUCGAGCCAGUCUGGGAAAUUGGCUAAAAUUGUGGAUAUGACCGAGAUGUCAAAGGGCCCACAAGAUGUUCCGGGACAUUGGUUGGUUACGGGGGCUAAACUUGGAGUAGAUAAAGGGAGGAUCGUUUUACGGAUAAAAUAUUCCUUGUUGAACUAUUAAUGAUAUUUACAGUGUGGGCCAGAGCCAGCUCAUGGGUUGCUGGAAGAAUAACCCUUUUGCAGGAAUACGGUGGUUAUAAGCAUUUUUUUAUUUUUAUUUUGCACAGGCGAUCGUUCUUUUGUGUUGUUUUAGUGCAUUUUGUGAAAGUAGGAGGGAAAUAUUUUCUUGUUUCAUGUUAAAAGAUUUGUUUGUAGUUUCAUACAUGUAUAUGCUUUACACCAAAGUAGGAGUCUUCGGGGUUGUUAAAUUUCAGAUUUGGAGUAACUUUUCGAAUUAUGAGGCGAUGUUUGAC